UAAUAUAUAAAAAUAUAUAUGUAGCAAAUAAACUAAAUAGCAGAUCAUCUAUAUUUAAUACAACAAGGCAACAAUUCCUACAUCCAUCGUAGAGUGGGCUCAUCUGAUGUAAAGUUUUAUUUUAUCUUCAUUAGACUGUAGUAAUUAAAUCAGUAUUUCAUGGAUAACUUUUCAUCGAAGAUGAUAGUACUUGCAACCAUGUUCAUUAAAGAGAGUGUUAGGAUCUAUAAAAUGAAUGGAAAAUAUUGAGUCAACUCAACCACCCAAACAUAAUUAAACCAUAAUAAUUUAUUCCUCAUCAUCAACUAGAUCCUGCAGGAGGGAACUUAUAAUGUUGUAGCCUAUUUCUUGAAAAUGCUACUUGUGAUCUUCAUACCCUUUGUAAAACUAAUGAGACAUCACUCAAAAUUAUAAUCAAAUAUUUCACUUAAAUUUCUAUUGCCCUUGAAUACUUACACUAGUAGUAUAUAGCACACAACGAUAUCAAGUUAGAAAAUAUGCUUGUUGUUAAUAGAAAUUGUGUUAAAUUGGCAGAUUUUGGCUUCAGCUACAGACCUUAAUUUGAAGAUCUUCUCAGUAAAUGGCUACCUAGAACACUUAAUCCUUAUUCAAGUCCUGAAAUUGUUAAUUUUAGACUCAAUUUAGAAGAUGGAGAAUAUCAAGAAUUCUGUUUAUUUAGUGCAGAUGUAUAUGCCUUAACAACAGCCUUAUUUUUAGCAAUUUACAAAAGACCCCCAAUUAUGGGAUAGUUCCCAUCUAAAGAUGAUUAAUAUUAUUAACUAUUGAUAAAUCAUCCUGAUCUAUUUUGGCAAUUAGAUUUUAUCCAGAAAGUAGAUUAGUAAUUAAUUCGAGAAAAUACACCAAAACAAUUACUAGAAAAUCUCAAAGAUUUAAUAGAAGGAGGACUGGCAGAAGAAUACAAUAGAAUUACUGCUACUGAAUUUGUGAAUCAUGAAUUCUUUAAAUAUGCUUAAUAAAUUCAAGGAAACUAAUUUUGAAAUAUAAAUUAAUAUCAAAUACUCAAC